AUGUCCCUCAAAAUGGCUUCUCCACUUUAUUUGAUCUUUCUGUUCAUGAUCUCAGGAGCUCUUGGGAAUAAAUGGAGUGUGAAAUACAGCCAACUAAAUCUCUGUGCUAUAAGAGGAUCUACAGUGUUUAUGAACGGCACUUACACACACCCAACAGGUCUUACAGUGGAGAACAGGUUUUGGUUAAUAAACCCAGUUCCAGGUAUAGAGCCGACUGAUCUGCGUAAUGAAUCAGGUUACUCAGGCAGAGUGGAGUAUUUAGGAGAUGAACAGAAUCACUUCUCCCUCAGACUGAGUGACGUGAACAAAACAGAUGAACAGAUGUACUGCAUCAGAGUCAUAACAAAUGAUCAAAAAGAACGAUGGGUGGGUGAACCCGGAGUUACACUCACUGUUACAGAUCUUCAGGUGAUCGCUCCUGCAGCAGUGACAGAGGGACAAUCAGCUGUUCUGACCUGUAAAACCACCUGCAGUCUGACUGAUCCCACAUUCAUCUGGUACAAAAACAGCCGUGGUUUAACCACAAAGACCACCAAGAGCAAUGAAGUCCACCUGCAGCGGGUCAGCAGUGAGGAUGCAGGCAGUUAUAGCUGUGCUGUAAGAGGAUAUGAACAUCUCCCCUCUCCUGCUCAAACCCUCAGUGUCAGAUAUCCUCCAAAGAAGGUCUCAGUGUCCAUCAGCUCCUCUGGUGAGAUAGUGGAGGGCAGUUCAGUGACUCUGACCUGCAGCAGUGAUGCUAACCCACCUGUGGAGAACUACACCUGGUUUAAGGAGAAAGAAUCAUCACCUGUAGGAUCUGGACAGAGUUACAGACCUCUACAGAGUGGACAGUACUACUGCGAGGCUAAGAAUAAACACGGCUCUGAGAGAUCAGCUGCAGUGUCCGUCACUUUAAACGGUGAGAGCGAUGAUGAUAAUCUUUAUGCCAGUGUAGCAAUGACAAAUCCAAUCAACACUGUACCUGAUUCAGCUUCGGCCAAUCAGGAUGAAGUCCUGUAUGCCAGAGUUGUACGCCGGAGUGCCGGUGACCCCGGGAGCGCUGAGAGUUCUGCUGUGAAAGCUUCUGGCUCUGAGGACAAGGAGGUUCAGUACGCUAGUGUUAGAUUUACUCGCACUGGUGCUGACUACAGGCCUUCCAAUGCUGAGGAUCCCACUGUGAUCUACAGCAGAGUGAAUUAA